UAGUGGUCGGUGGUUGUGACAUGAAAAUGGCGACGGUAGAUUUGGAUUGUGCUGUGGAUCCGGAGAUGGACGCUCUCAGUGAUGAAGAGCUGGAGAGGGAAGCCGAAGGCUAUAAGGAGCAGGGUAAUGCUUAUUAUAUUAAGAAGGACUACUCUGAAGCAUUCAACUACUACACCAAGGCCAUAGAUAUGUGCCCAAAGAAUGCCAGUUACUAUGGGAACCGUGCCGCCACGUUAAUGAUGCUGAGCCGCUAUCGGGAGGCGCUUGAGGACUCCCAGCAGGCUGUGCGACUAGACGACGCCUUUAUGAAGGGUCACCUACGGGAGGGCAAGUGCCAUCUGUUGCUUGGCAAUGCCAUGGCGGCCAGUCGCUGCUUUCAGAAAGUUCUAGGGCUAGAAUCUGACAACAGCCAGGCACAGCAAGAAGUAAGAUUCGUUCACAACAGUGACGGUGCUGCAACAACCAGUGGCGCAGAGCUUGGAAAUGUUUCAGCUAUUUGUGGCUAUUUGAUUUUUCUCACUUUAUUGCAUAACAUAAACAAAUUGAAAUCUCUAGAAAGCUUUGUGCUCAUCCCGUUAAGCUUGUUUACCUUUGUAUUGCAGUUAAAGAUCGCAGAGUCCAUUUUGGAGUAUGAGCGCAUGGCUGAGAUUGGCUUUGAGAAGCGAGACUUCAGAAUGGUGUUGUUCUGUAUGGACCGAGCGCUGCAGUCCGCGUCUGCGUGUCACAGGUUUAAGGUGCUGAAGGCAGAAUGCUUGGCGCUGCUUGGACGCUACGCUGAAGCUCAGUCUGUUGCCAGCGAUAUCUUACGAAUGGACUCCACGAAUGGUGACGCCCUCUACGUAAGGGGCUUGUGCUUGUAUUAUGAGGACUGCAUCGACAAGGCCGUACAGUUCUUUGUUCAGGCACUUCGUAUGGCACCAGACCACGAAAAGGCCCGUCUAGCUUGCAGAAAUGCCAAAGCACUGAAGGCUAAGAAAGAAGAAGGAAAUCAAGCUUUUAAGGAUGGAAAUUUUGAGGAGGCCUAUGAGCUCUACUCUGAGGCGCUGACUAUCGAUCCCAACAACAUCAAAACCAAUGCCAAGCUCUACUGCAACCGAGCCACUGUCGGCUCCAAGUUAAAGAAACUGGACCAGGCAAUAGAAGACUGCACAAAAGCCAUUAAACUGGAUGAAUCUUAUAUUAAAGCUUAUUUACGACGAGCCCAAUGUUACAUGGAGACAGAACAGUAUGAAGAAGCUGUGAGGGAUUAUGAGAAGGUUUAUCAGACAGAGAAAACUAAAGAACAUAAGGCCCUAUUAAAGGGUGCUCAGCUAGAGCUGAAGAAGAGUAAAAGGAAAGAUUACUAUAAAGUUCUAGGAGUGGACAAAAAUGCCACAGAAGAUGAAAUCAAGAAAGCAUAUCGCAAACGAGCCCUCAUGCACCAUCCAGAUCGGCACAGUGGCGCGAGUGCUGAAGUACAGAAGGAGGAGGAGAAGAAAUUUAAAGAAGUGGGUGAGGCCUUCACUGUGCUGUCAGACCCCAAGAAGAAAUCACGUUAUGACAGCGGCCAUGACCUGGAGGAUGAUGAUAUGAACAUGGAUUUCGAUGCCAACAACAUCUUCAAAGCUUUCUUUGGCGGCCCUGGUGGAUUUAGUUUUGAAGGUCAAACACCUAAGCACUCAUCUGGACCUGGAAAUUUCUUCUUCCAGUUUGGUUAACUGGGCACUUUCUAUCAUGUAUGCAGUAGAAACCCAUACGACCUCCAGAACUCCCCCAUAGCGGACUUUCACACCCCUAUCCACCCCACCCCAAAAGUCCCUUAACUCCUGAUUGAUUGCAGACUUUUUAAAAUAGGAUUUUCUUUCACUGCUGCAUCAUGAACCCAUCUGCACAAUAAUGUCUCAUUAAAAGUUUUUUUUUAAUUAAAUGGUCCUAGUUAAGUUCACUCUCAAGCAAAGUGAUUGAACCAUUUUUGGUUAGUCAUGGGUAAACAAAGGCGUUGAAUCCGCACUUUCUUGUAAUGUGGAGAAUGUAGUACAACUCUGAAAGUCACUCCCAGUGUUCAUUAUGUUUCAACUGGAAGAGUGUAUGAAAGUCAGGAUCAAUAGCUCCAGUCUCUCUGUGUUCAUAUUGUAGAUAUUAAGCUCCCACUGUGGUUUUCGUGAUUAUCAGGGUUUAUCAGUUUGGGACUGUAUUAAGUACUACAUUUCAAAAAGAUCACACGCUAUUGUACUGUAGACAUUUUUUAUAUGCAUUUUCCCCAAUUUAGGUUAAAUGGUGGGUUUAACUCUUGUAUUGUUCAAGUACUGCAUACAGUAUAGAUACAGUUGAUGUGGAGAGUGUAAGUCAGAUGUUCCAAUUUCCUUUAAUGGUUCUUUCAAACAUGCAAGGUUCAAAUUUCAAGUUGCCAUUUACCAAUCCUGCACUGUACAUUUUAUUGGAAUGUAAAGUGUUUUGUUUCGUGUUGAUAGUUAAUGACUGUUUUUUUAAACUAUGAAGUGUAUUCAUUUUUAAUAUCAAUAUUUAUUGUAAAUUCUCAAGCCACGUGAGCUGCUGAGGUGUUGUGGAUGUUCACUAGAUACACCAGGAUCUAAGAUUGUGACUAGUGAGGUACAAACUGGAGCCACUCUCUCUCUCUUUGGUUUGCCUACAUAACAGAUUGCUUGUUGUAGGCAUAGCUGAUGGAAUGCAAAUUUAAUUCCUACAAUGCUAAACAUGCUAUUUUCUCAUUAAUCUAUUUCCUUAAAGAUCUGCCUUCAUUUAAAACCAGUUUUAGUCCAGAUCCAACAAAACUGAUUUAAUUCAAUUAGAUUAUGGCUGGUAGGAAAAUAGACCUCCAACAAUCAGGUUAAAGAUUAGUUUUUCAGCAUUGUCCAAAACCAUACCAAAUAUACUGUUUGUUGGGUGUAGCUAAAGGAAAUUGGCUGUACAAAUGACUUCCCAUGCAUGCAGCCCUAUUAUUGGCUUGUUUUCAAAAACAUAACUACAUUAUUUCAACCAUUUAAUUGCAAAGUAGAAAAAAAUAACCUACCUAGAUUUAAUAAUCCCAGAGGAAACACCUUUAAACCCAAUUGCUAUCUGCUGCCUCUGUAAAGUGGAUGAUUGGUGCAAUAUUUCAAUGUUACUAUUACGGUAACUGAAAAAGACAUACAGUACACUCUUGUCCUUGGCCAUCGCCCAUGCUGCAUAGGUAGUGGAUAACAAGUAGGUUUAAUUGACGCUGAAGUAGUUCUUGAAACAGUUCAUUCACAUAUGCAAGGCAUGGUCAUUUCUCAAAUCCUGCACUUGAAAUUCUAUAACUGACCUGCAACUUCAGUUUGGUAUGUGACUUGUAUGAAAUUAGCUCUACUGGCUGAGAUCCUUAUGGUGCAACAAAACAAGAAAUGUCCACAUUGUUGUGACUUGUGCUAAAGGAACAGUCUUUACUAUGGACCGUUUUCAAAUAACCAUGUAAAUAAAUUUAGCCUGUUAACUGUUUCUCCCUGUUUAUUGGACUUUACAUGCUUGUCAAAAUUUGGGUGACUUUGUUAAAUGUUUAUGGUAUUUUAAGAAUGAUUCUUGUAACUGUUGAGAAGAUAUACAAUAACUGAAAGUGUCAAUUAUUAAUUCAAAUAUGUUAGGAGAUCUGCUAGCGUCUACACAAGUAAUAUUUAUUAAUUUUUUUGUUUGCUUAUGCAAAUAUCCAUUUCAACAAGGUUCCCAUAUAUUUAUUUUCAGAUGAUAUUGUACUAAAUGCCAUUUGCUAGACUUUUACAAUAUGAAAGUGUUUGUUACCUCUCCACUGAUGAUGGCAGAGGUAAACCCUAUUCUAAAUAUUAACCCCAAAAAGCCAAGGUAUGUGUAACACAGAUGUAACCAUGCUUAAGCCAAAUAGGCAUCGUUAACUCAUGAAAAGUAGGAGAUUGCUGAUGGUGAGUGUGAUGGCAUUCUUCACCAGGCAAUGAGAGAAAACGCUGCAAACGAUAGCAACAACAGUACACCUCUGGUACCUGUGGACCAAUAUUCAGAUAUGCUCAGAAUCCCCCUAAUAUACUGAUGUAAAAAUUAUAAAUAAACAUAUUCCACUCACUAGCUUUACAUAAUGUUAGGACCUGUGUUCCCAUCAAUUGUUUAUAUGGCAUAUAUGUGUUAGAAUGUUAAGAACCCUGCCCCCUAGUAGGUUUGGUACCCCCCAAUGUUCAGUUCAUGGUUAUGGCCUUGAGCAAAGUAUACUGGUUGUUUAAUAUAGCACAUGAUCAGUGUAAAUGUGUGUAUAAUCAAAAUCAAAUGCAUAAAGAGUGUUGAAAUA